AUGAAUAGGCAGACAUUUGAAGGCAACAGGGGCAGGGGAAACUGGCCAACCACUUGUGCAGACAAAUCGGGCAGGCACAAGUACAUGCAAACGUUUGAAGGCAACUGGCGAAAGAGGAAACUAGCUAACCACCUAGGCAGAAAAAUCAGGCAGGUGGCUUGGGAAAUCCUGAUUGGCCACCAGUAUACUACACACAUGUACUGUAAGCAUUUCAAGGCAACUGGGAAGGGGAAUCUGUCCAACCACCUGUGCAGACAAAGCGAGCAGGUGGAUAGGCAAUCCCAGUCAGACAGCUUUACACUAAACACAACAACUUGUAAACAACGAAAGGUAACUAGGGAAAGGGGAAACAGCCCAACCACCUAUCCAAACAUAUCGGGCAGGUGGUUGAGGAAAUCUUGGUCAUGCACGUAA